AUGGACCGUUCGCCCGCUGUCCAGCGAGCCCUAGCGGAGCCGGCGAGCCAGCACCGCGCGGGGCCGCGGUGGCCCACGCAGCCCCAGCCCCGCACCCGACGAGCGGCCUCGCGCGCGGCUCGGGCCGGGCCCUCGGCGCGGGCGUCUGCGGGCGCCGCGGCACCCCCGCGAUGCGACCCCCCCGGGCCGAGGGGCAGCUGCCCCGCGUCCGGCAUCACGUUCCAGUGCGGACGCCCACAGGGCAACGGAGACAGCAGCCCCGACUCAGCGGGAGCGCCGCGCCCCGCCUGGGAGCCGCGCCGGGCCACAGCCGGUGGCCGCGGCGCCCGCGGGGUCCGGAGCAGAGCCCGCAAUGCAGACGCGCGGGCGAGCCCCGCACGCGGCCCGCGCCCCGGCGCCCACCUGCCUCGCCGCGCAGCCCGGCAGCGGGCCGGCGCCGGCGCCCGGGAGAGCGCACCUGCCGGGUCCGCCGGCCCGGCCCCGCCGCCCGCCGGCAGCACCGCGGCCAGCGCCGUCUCACCUGCCGCGCCGCGCCGCUCCGCUCCCAGCCCGCAGCGCCGCAGUCGCCGCUACCCGACUUCCAUUUUCUCUCGCUUUAAAGGAAAACCAGAUCAGCUGUUUCGCUCGCGCUCGGGCUCCGCGGCCCCCUCCCCAGCUGCUGCUCGCGGUCCCGGGGGCCUCGCCUCCCCCGCCUCCUCCCGCGCUCCGCUCCGCCCCUCGCGCCCCUCCGCUCCGCCCGCGGCCGCGCGCAGCGCCCGCCUCCCGGCUCCGCCCGCAGCUGCCCAGCGCGCGCCCUCCCCUGACGUCACCGGCCGCGGCCGCGCCCCGCCCCCUCGCCCGCCGCGCGGACGUGCGCGCGCCGCUCGCGCCCCGUCCCCGCCCCGCCGGGGCCGGCGCCGGAGUGCGCGUGCUCGAGGCCAUGACCGUGCCGCGGCCCCGAGCUGCGGGAGGGCGUGCGGCGUCCCCUCGGCCCCCGGCGCCGGGGCUAUCGGCAAGGCCGCCCGCUCCGCCCUGCCUGCGCCCGCCUCUCCCGGGGCUGUGUUCGGCCCGCUCCGCUUUUCCCCCCUCAGGCUGCCCAAACUUUCUCCCUCUCACGGCCUCGGCUCCGUUUCCGCGCCCUGCCUCGGGGGCCCCGGCGUCGCCGCCCGACCCCGGAGGGCCCCCUUUACCUCCGUGGCCAGCUCUCCGGCUUCUUCCCGCGUCCUGCCCACUCGUGAACGCCGUCCCUCGUGCCCGCUCGCCGCGGCCCGGGCCUGCCCGCCGCUCUGCCCGCGCUCGCGGCGCCCUCUCGGGGUCGCCACGCCCCCUCGCCCCGAUCCAGACCCGGGGCUGCGGGUGGCCGAGGCCGUCCCGCUGCGUUCCUGA